UUCCUGAGGGAGGACCUGAAUUACCACGACCCAACGGUGAAGCACAGCACCUUCCACGGCGAGGACAAGCUCAUUAGCGUGGAGGACCUGUGGAAGGCCUGGAAGACGUCCGAAGGGUUCCCUGUGCUUCCCACAUCACCCCUUUUUGGUGGCCGUGAUGGUCACGCGUACGUCUUGCCGUGCAGGUUAGCGGUGAACAACGUGACCAUGAUGGGAACCGUCCUGAAAAUGACGGACCGGAGCCACCGGCAGAAGCUGCAGCUCAAGGCCCUGGACACGGUGCUGUUCGGACCUCCUCUCCUGACCCGUCACAACCACCUCAAGGACUUCAUGCUGGUGGUGUCCAUCGUCAUUGGCGUGGGGGGCUGCUGGUUCGCCUAUAUCCAGAACCGCUAUUCCAAGGAGCACAUGAAGAAGAUGAUGAAAGACCUCGAGGGCCUCCACAGAGCUGAACAGUCUCUCCAUGACCUUCAGGAAAGGCUACAGAAGGCGCAGGAGGAGCAUCGCUCCGUGGAGGUGGAGAAGGUGCACCUGGAGAAGAAGCUGCAGGACGAGAUCAGCAUCGCCAAGCAGGAGGCGCACCGGCUGCGCGAGCUGCGCGAGGGCACCGAGAACGAGCUCAGCCGGCAGAAAUACGCGGAGCAGGAGCUGGAGCAGGUGCGCAUGGCCCUCAAGAACGCCGAGAAGGAGCUGGAGUCGCACUGCAGCUGGGCUGCGCCCGAGGCGCUGCAGCAGUGGCUGCAGCUCACGCACGAGGUGGAGGUCCAGUACUACAACAUCAAGAAGCAGAACGCCGAGAAGCAGCUGCUGGUGGCCAAGGAGGGGGCUGAGAAAAUCAAGAAGAAGAGAAACACCCUGUUUGGAACAUUUCACGUUGCUCACAGCUCGUCUCUAGAUGAUGUUGAUCAUAAAAUCUUGACGGCAAAACAAGCUCUGAGCGAAGUGACGGCCGCGCUGCGGGAACGGCUGCACCGCUGGCAGCAGAUCGAGAUGCUCUGCGGCUUCCAGAUCGUCAACAACCCCGGCAUCCACACGCUGGCCUCGGCCCUCAACAUCGACCCGAGCUGGAUGGGCACCCCGCGGCCGAACCCGUCCCACUUCAUCAUGACCGAUGACGUGGACGAUCUGGAUGAAGAGCUCGUGUCUCCCAUGUCCAUACAGUCUCCGGCCUUGCCCAGCUCCGUUCGCCAGCGCCUGGUGGACGCCCAGCACGCGCACGGAUCGCAGAGGUUGGUAGAGGGUUACGCGCCAGGCCACAGUGAGGCGGGCCAGCCCGCCCACGUCCGGGCAGGCAGAGUGUCUCUCCGUCGAAUGCACAGCCUCUCCUCCGGACAGUCUGUCAGUUCCGACCCGCAUGGAACCAGCCCUCCAUCCGCCACCACCGCCACCUCUUCCACCUCUUGCUCCUCAUCCGCCACCAGCGCAUCUGCUCCUGCUUGCCAUGUCCACCCUCUCUGUUACCAUCACACCACCUCCUCUUAUUUCCUUCAGAUGGACUCCACCCCCGAUCUGCCCCCUCCUGAUGUCACCUCUGGGAUUCGCUGUCGCACUGAGAGCUUUGGGUAUAUUGCUGUUUCUUUUCUAGCUCCCUCUUGCCUGCCGUGUCUCAGAACUGGUGCUUGCUCGGGUGUCCUUUCUCUUAGAUUCCUUGUGCCCUUUCCUUUGGGGCCUUUAUUUCGUGAUUUACCCACCUUUUGUUUCUUUAACCUCUCUCUCGUGCGAGCGGACCCUCUCGGGAAUGCUCCAAGUUGUCCCAGCCCCAGAGAGCGGCGGCUCUUUGGAAACCUGCACAAGAAGGGCUCGGGGACCCGCUCGGGACCCAGGUCGCGCUUCUCCUCCGGGCUGCAGGAGCACCGGGAAGGGCGACGCUGCCUCCGUGUCCGCCGGGAUGCGGGGCAGGGCGUGCGAGGCGCGGGCCGCUUCGGAGGCGGACCGCGGGCGGCAGGGAAGGACGCGCCCGCCAACCCCAGCCACUCGGAUUCGUCCCGCUCGCACAGCCCCAGCUCCACCGAGCCCGACACCCCGUCCCCCACCUCUGACUCGCGGCCCAACAGCGUCAAGAACACGCGCAUCCCGCAGCUGGCCGCCAAGAAGAGCCCGGGGGACGAGGACAGCGCCUUGGCGGGCGACGAGGCCGACCUGGGCCAGAGCAAGAAAAAGUUCCCCCUAAAGAUCUUCAAGAAGCCCAAGAAAUAGAGCGGGGCGGGAGGAGGAGGA